GUUCGUAAACGUUGGUUGCCACGCAGUCACUAAAAACGACGAGACAACACACGGUAUUCCCGGUUUUUUUGGUUUGGUUAAUCAAAUUCCGGGCCACCUAUUAAUAAUUAAUUCAAAUCAUCUCAAAUCGCAUCAUCGUUGUUUCUCGAACGAACUUUUUAAUCGCUUGCAAAUGGUUGUUUGCGUUGUCGUUUUGUUUUUAGCGGUUAGUUUUUGUUUUUCGUGAGUGUUUUUUGUCUUUCUUGGAUUUGAAUUGUUUUUUGGGGGUUUGUGCGGACGAAAAUCGGGUGUUUUUACUUUGUUGUUGUCGCGGUUUGUUUUUUCUUGUUUCUUUUUUGUUAAGUCGGAAAGAGGCGUGCUUCGCGGCACGGUUAUUGCUGGCAAAAUUCGUGUCAAAAACAAGUCGCCGGUGAACCUGUCCAAUAUGGAGAUGGAUAACGCGGAGAGAGACGGUGAUAUAGGGGGAAGCGAUGAUAAUCCUUUCCACCCGAGAUGGCCCCAACACAUCUUGGACACUUACCGAAAGAAGACACUUGCAAACGGGGUUUCAAUCCACGAUACAACAGUCCCACUAAUAGCAAGUGCCCAUGUAGAGACUGUUAUGGAUAGUGGCCGUUUGGGAUCCGAAAAUUCAGAUGCACAAGGUAGCGAUGAAGAUGAUAGUAACGAACAUGAACAUGGCGACGUUUUGGCUAAACUUAAAAUGCAAGUUCGUGAUAUUAAAGUUGCUGAGGAUUUUGAAGGGAACCGACAACAAUAUCCUUUACCGUGUAGCAGAGAAACGUUUAAUUUUCAAAUGGCACCUCAUUUAUCGAUGAUGCCGCAACCGCAAUACUUGGUCCCACAAGCGGCACAUCAAAACAAUCCUGGCCCCAGUUCCAGCAGUCCCCAUUCUUCAGAAGGGAGCAGUUCCUCGAAUAACAACAGUUGGUCUUUUGAGGAACAAUUCAAACAGGUGAACGGUUUUUUGCCAAAACAGCAGCAACAACAACGUUUGGACGACAGAAUUAAUUCGAUUCUUGACAACUUGGACGGUUCCGAAAUGGCCGACGUUGAAUAUUCAAGUCCGAUACCUAAAACCCCGAAAAGAAAACGUAAGAAAACCGAGAUCAAUGAGUUCAAAGAAAUGAAACAGUUGUACGAGUUAAGUGAUGACCCGAAAAGGAAAGAAUUUUUGGAUGAAUUAUUCGCAUUCAUGCACAAACGAGGUUCUCCAAUCAAUAGACUUCCCAUUAUGGCCAAACAAGUACUCGACUUAUACGAACUUUACAACUUGGUGAUAGCCAGAGGUGGACUCGUAGAUGUCAUCAACAAAAAGCUGUGGCAAGAAAUCAUUAAAGGUCUUCAUCUACCAUCAUCAAUCACAUCAGCUGCGUUUACAUUAAGAACACAAUAUAUGAAAUAUUUAUACGCAUUCGAGUGUGAAAAACGACAAUUUAGUACGGCGGAUGAACUUCAAACGGCUAUUGAUGGAAAUAGGCGCGAAGGAAGACGCGGAAGUUAUGUAAAUUACAAUCGUCCGAGUAAUCGUUCACCAAAUCAUCAACAACAAAUGAGUCCGAUCUCGAUGAAUAUCCAUCAACAGCAACAAUUAGCAGCAGCUAGAAUGAGUUUAGGUUUGCAUAAUGGUCCACAUCAUAUCGCGCAUCAAUCGCCACCGUUGGUGCCCCAAUUAAACGGAAAUCCUUUACAUCCCAUGAACAAUUCCGUUACAAUGGAAUUUCAACAUCGUAUGUUGGAAUACAUUAGGAAUGUUGCCGCGGCAUCAUCGACCACGAACACUCCAAAUACACAUGGAAAUAACGUUGUAGUUCCGACUACCACGGCUUUAACGAAUGGAGCGCCGUUAAAUCCCAUUGCGGGACCAUCAGGAAUUGAUUUAUCAAAAUGGUGGAGUUAUUACAAUAAUAACAAUAAUAAUCAAAGUGCCGGGAAUAAUAAUCAACAACAAACUCAGCCGCCACCACCGUCUCAAGGAGUUGUUCCUGCUGUUUUAGCCGAACCGCAAAGGGAGGCUUUAAAUUUAUCAGCAACACCUGAACCCGAUGAAAAUAAUCAUCAAAGUACUGGUGGUAAUGGUAGUGGACCAAGUAUUAUUGAACCGAUUCCAGGGACAAGUGGAGGUGGUAAAGAAGAAGAUGGUGAUGAUGGUCAUGAUCCGGAUGAAGAUUUUCAACCUAGGAAAUUUAUUAAAAUGGAAAAUGGAGCUCCCGUACCUGUUUUACCUAUUAGUACGAGUAUUUCAAUUCAAAGUCGAGGAGAUGGUCGUAAUGGUGAUAAUUCCUUAGUGGUAACAAUGCAAAUAGCCGGAGUCGCUUACGAGGGAGUUUUAUUCGCACAGAGGCCUUCGGGCGAGAAUUCAUCGACGGUUUCGUAAAUUAAAUGUAAAAGAAAAUAUAAUGUUAUUAAUUUAUAUUUUCGAUUUAUAAGAUGUAACAUGUAAAAUAAAUACUUAAGCAAAAAAUAUUAAUUAAGCAAUAAUGUUAUUUUAUAUUUAAAAAAAAAAUUGUACUUUGUAAGUCUUUAUACAAUGUUUUUUAGUGGAUAAUAAUUACAUAAGACGUUUUUAUGUAUGUGCGUGUAAAUGAAAUAAGAGAUUGUGGAAUUGUAUAUUUUUUUGCUGUAGAUAUUUUUAUCAAGUUAAAAUAGCAAUUUGGAAAACGAAGAAAAAUAAAAA